CGGGCCAGGGACACCUGACUCUCCACGCAGCAUGCAGGGUCCACGACGGUCGCUGUGGCACGCAAACAUCCGAGGCUAGUCGUGAAGCUUGGUGGCAGCUUCUGCCCCCGUGGUUGGUCGUUGCUCAGACGAGCUCAGGCUCUCUCUGGAGCUUUGCUCCGCUUGAUGGCGCAAGCUUGGGAGCACGGCAUGUGAUACAUAAAGCGGCGGACGCCGUCCGCACCGCUGGGAGUGACGGACGGGACUCGAGAGAUAUCUGAUCGCCCGGUCUCACAAAUCAAAUUCUAAACAGCAGGUACAGAAACUCGGCACAAACAAUUACCAUGGCGGUCGACGACACUGCCAAGAGCGACGCUCAAGCUAAUCCUGGCGUGGACCAUGUCGAGCGACACUCUGACUCGGAAAAAGGAGAAAGGCGUGGCUCCUAUAUUCCCCAGAGCAACGAGGACUACGAAGUCACCUUCAAAACCUGGAUUGUCGUUGGCAUCUUGUCAGCCAGCUAUGGUCUCUCAUUCUGGAUCGUGCCAGCCUUGGCUUCCUGCCAGGCAGUCGUGGCGACACAGCUCGGCGACGUGACGGGCCAGACAUGGUAUCUUGCAUUAUAUCUGAUGACCAUCACAAUUGCCUUCAUGAUCUGCGGAGCAAACUCGGAUCUUUUCGGGCGGCGAUGGUUCCUCGUCUUUGGCAAUGCCCUACUCUUUGUCGGUCUCAUCAUUGGCGGCACAGCCAAGAGCAACACACAAAUGUGGGCAGCCAUGGCUAUCACUGGCUUUGCUGCUGGCAACACUCAACUCGCGGCAUUCGCCCUGCCCGAGCUCCUCCCCAACAAAUGGAGACAUAUUGCCGUCGUUCUGGCAGAUGCGGUGGUCCUCAUCGCAGUUGUUAUAGGUCCUAUCGCCGGCAGAUAUAGUGUGGUCGACCUGACCAGCGAAGCUUGGCGAUGGUUGUUCUACGUCCCUGCCAUCCUGGCCGUGUUCUCUUUCGGCGGACUCGUCAUGUACUACUACCCGCCUGCUCACCCGCGCGGUCUUCCAUUCAAGCGGGCCAUCCGCGAGCUCGACUAUGGUGGCGGUCUGCUGUUCAUCAUCGCCACGACCCUCAUCUUGACUGGCCUGGUCUAUACGGCAACUCUUCCGUCCAACGACCCCAAGGUCAUUGGUACACUUGUCGCCGGUUUCGCAACCAUGGUCGGCUUCAUUCUCUACGAGAUCUUUGCCCCCUUGAAGCAGCCACUGACCCCGACGCACGUCUUUACGGCGGGUAAGGGCCGUGCUCUGACGGCCCCCUUCAUCGCCGCCUUUGUCGUUACUAUGUUCUACUAUGCUAUUAAUAUCAUCUACCCGACGAUGCUCGCCGUCUUCUACGUGACGUCGGGUGACGUGCGAGAGGGUGUCAUCCUGACCCUGCCGCAGAACUUGGGCCUGACAUUCGGCGCGGUCCUGCUGAGUCUGUUUGGCACCAAGGUGGGACAUUGGCGCUGGACACUCACUGGCUCGGUCGCCAUCAUGGUCAUCUUCGGUGCUCUGCUGGCCCUCGGCACCCCGGACAACAAGGGCAUGAUGAUCGCCUUUACGUUCCUCGCCAUGACCGGCUUCGGCUGGGCCCAAUAUCUAUCCAUUGCCUAUGUGCAGUUCGGCACAGAUCAGAAAGAACUCGGAAUUGCUGGUGGUCUUGCUGGCGUGGCCCGCUUCGCUGGCGGUGCCGUCGCAGUCGCCGUCUACCAGACAAUCCUGGGCAAUGUGCAGAGCAAAGCUGCCGCAGAGCUCAUCCCUGCAGCUGCCACGGCGGCCGGCCUGCCCCAGAGCUCCGUCUCGGCGUUCCUGCUGGCCCUGCCGCUCGGUGCUGGCGCGCUGGCCAAUGUCCCCGGCGUCACCCCCGAAAUCAUUGCCGCUGGAGGCGCUGCGCUGCAGCAGAGUUACGUCAGGGGACUGCGGACGACUGCUUUGUCGUCGUUGUCCUUUGGUAUCCUUGGGAUCAUUGCCUGCAUAUGCUGCGAGGAUAUCGACCACAAGAUGAACAACAAGAUCGAGAUUUACCUCGAGAACGAUGUCCACGCCGACCGGAACGAGUUCCACUAAGAUCAUGCAAGAAGGUGUCGGACGCGGCACACACGGUAAUCCAUAUUGAUCUGAUCACGGACCCCCCAAAGAAGAAGGAAAGAUGCUUGUUGGAUAAAGAAAAUGAGGUUGGCGAACAUGGGUGUUAAGUGGACAUGAACUUUUUUUGUUGUUGUAAACCUGUCUUUCUGUUUGGAGUUCUCGGAACGGAAACGGAAAGAUAUCCCACGCAUGGAAGCUGCCACUUAGUAUAAGUGAUUUAAUUAGGACUUUGCUUGUUCUCCGACCUCGAGUUUAUUGUCCGUCUUGAAAAUGCUCUCUAUUUGGCC